AUGACUACUCGCGCCACAGCUUUCAAUAGUCCCACCAACAACGUCACCUCCCGAUACCUCAUCCCUAUCCUAUCUCCCCGGAGCAACAAGGACGACCGACUAGAGGGCGGACUGCAGCCGAGUAACGUUGGUGGGACGAAAGUGUUUGCGUGGAAGACGUUUGCGAUCUCAACCGGCUCCGGAAUCCACGUCUACAUGUUCAACAACCGCGGCCCUUCCCCUGAAUACGAAUUGAGGGCGCUGCGGAGCCUAGACGUCCUCUUGGACGAAGCUUGCGGUGGAAGGAAGGAUACGCUCUUCCUAUCCUUUUCAACUGCAAGAGAAAGAUGGGGUAGUGAUCAUGGAUGGCAAGACGAAGGCGUAUACGCGUGGAUAACGGCGAAUUACCUCUUGGGAACCAUCAAAGCUUCCACGCCGCCCGAUACACCCACCUACGCCGUCCUCGAUCUCGGUGGCGCUUCUACGCAAAUCGUAUUCGAACCCGUGCUCGCUUCGUCGGAUAUGCAGCUCGAGGAGGGGGAACAUAAAUGCGAUCUCCAAUUCGGCGGCCGGAAUCUUGUGUUGUACCAACACUCGUACUUGGGGUAUGGGCUGAUGUGUGCACGGAGACACGUUCAUAGAUUGGCGGAUCUCAUGUCGACGUUGCAGGGUAUGAAACCGAAGGCGGUGGCGGGGAAUCCGUGUCUUGCGAAGGGGACACGGAGGGUUGUGAUUGUUAAGGAUGAAGUGACCGGUGAGGAGAGGAAGGUGACGAUGGAUGGGGGGGACAUUGGGUCUUUUGAGGCGUGUGUUCGGGUGGUGCAGUUUGUACUGGCAAAGGACGCAAUAUGUGAACUAAAACCAUGCUCCUUCAACGGCGUCUACCAAUCCUCCCUCCUUUCCUCCUUCCCAAACGGUAAAGUCCUCCUCUCCUACUUCUAUGACCGCCUCUCCCCCCUCCUCCCCCUCUCCUCUUCCUCCCCCAUAACCAUAUCCACCAUCGCCAGCACCGCACGCCAAGUUUGCAAAGGCCGUGACGAAUGGCUCCGGAACCACUGGGCCACCGAUUCCGAACUCAUGGCCCCUGAACUCACAGAUAGACCAGAGUGGUGCCUUAAUUUAACGUUUAUGCAUGCGUUGUUGAGGCUUGGGUAUGAGUUUGAGGAUGGGAGAGAGGUGCCGAUUGGGAAGGAGAUUGGAGGGACGAAGUUGGGGUGGUGUUUGGGUGCUACGAUUGUGAUGGUUGGUGGGGAGCUGAAGUGUCGGAUUUGA